AUGACCUCUCAAUCGUAUGCGAAAGAGAUUCGGACUCCCCCUCUAUUGAGUCCACCCGAGUCAAAGACGCCUCCCACAGCCCACCACAAACGUCACAGCGACGGACCAGAUCUUCGAGCGAAUGAUCGGAGCUCAAUUCCUGUUGACCCCAGUGCCCUGAGCAGAGCUUUGGAGGUUAUGAAAAAGACGGGAAGGGAGCGGGAACGGACUCCUGAAGCUAGUCCCAGCAGAAAGAGACAGCGCACAUAUGCAGGCGAUAGAUUCAUUCCCAACCGCUCAGGCCAAGACCUCCACGCCAGCUACAGCCUCUUGCAUGAAGAUGGGAGCCCCGCAACUCCAUCGCGCUCCGCGAAACGCAUGCCUCACAACGAGCUACAUUUCCAAAGAACUGAGGAAGCCAAUCGUACCUACUCCACUCUAUUACGGUCAGAGAUGUUUGAAUCGACAGUACCGCAGACAAUCCCUCAAAGCCUGUCCCCUUCAAACCACGGAACCACGUUUCACGACCCGACAAGAUCUCACACACCGCCCACGCAGUCCUCAUCACUUCCAGCCGCCACCUUAACUCCCUCUACUCCGCACAAGAAUCUGUUCUCCUACGUCUCACCCAGACACCACUCGAACUAUUCAGGCCAUCCCACGCCCAAUCGGACACCAUCAAGCAGAAGUAACCCGAACCUGAAUGCUCGAUCUGAAAUUUACAGCUUGUCUCCUGUCAAACAUAGCAGUCAAAUGAUGCUGUUGAGUCCUAGGAAAGCCCCUCGUCAUGUUGCCAAAGUACCUUACAAGGUUCUCGAUGCACCUGACCUUGCAGAUGAUUUCUAUCUCAAUCUCGUGGAUUGGGGGAGUCAAAAUAUUCUUGGCGUGGGUUUAAAUCAAUGUGUCUACAUGUGGAACUCCUCUUCAGGUAGAGUGACAAAGCUAUGCGAAUUACAAGAUGAUACAGUGACUAGCGUUAAUUGGAUCCAGCGGGGUUCCCACCUGGCUAUUGGCACGGGAAAAGGUUUUGUGCAAAUUUGGGAUGCAGGCAGCCAACGACGCCUGCGCACAAUGACGGGUCACACCGCUCGUGUCGGUGCACUAGCAUGGAACGAACACAUCCUGACAUCUGGUUCACGUGAUCGACUCAUCUAUCAUCGGGAUGUCAGAGAGCCUCACCAAUGGGUGCGAAAGCUUGUGGGCCACAAGCAAGAAGUCUGUGGACUCAAAUGGAAUUCCGAUGAUGGACAACUCGCAAGUGGAGGCAACGACAACAAGCUGAUGGUCUGGGAGAAACUCAACGCCGAACCAACGUACAAAUGGAGUGAACACAGUGCAGCUGUCAAGGCAAUAGCUUGGAGUCCACAUCAACGCGGACUGCUCGCCAGUGGCGGUGGUACUGCGGACCGGACCAUCAAAUUCUGGGAUACCCUGACAUCAUCAUACGGGGCUUCUUCGAGCAACGUCAGGUCUUCGGUCACUAUCCCUCAUUCGAACUCGGCGAUUCCGCCAUCAUCAUCAUCAUCAGCACCGGCAAACCUUAUAUCAUCCCUCGAUACCGGCUCUCAAGUUUGCAACCUGGCGUGGUCACGUAACUCAAACGAAAUAGUGAGCACACACGGCUACUCACAGAAUCAGAUCAUCGUAUGGAAGUAUCCUUCAAUGACCCAGGUUGCCAGUCUCACGGGGCACACUUAUCGAGUUCUGUAUCUUGCCAUGAGCCCAAAUGGCGAAGUCAUUGUCACCGGUGCUGGUGACGAGACUCUUCGGUUCUGGAAUGCUUUCCGGAAGAAGGAGAAGCCUGGUACUGGAAUGGGCACCGUAGAUGACUGGGGUACAAUUCGGUAA